AUGAAUGGUAUGGCACGUAUUUUGGGUGAAAGCGAUCGUUGGACUAAAAAUUUAGUAAUACCUUUACAUGCCAUAUUAAUUGGCCUUCCGAAAACUUUACGUCAUCGUAUCAAUAUUUUUGCUCACCGAAUUGAAGAUAUUUGCAAAUUAAAUGCAGAAUUUGAAAGUUGCAUAAAUAGCUGUGGUGAUCAGACCAUUAGUCAUAUAUUGCUAAAAGGUCAAAUUUCAUGGACCAGCAUUUGUGAUGCAUAUCAUUACAACACUGGUGAUUUUUUAUCAUACAUUGUACCAUGUUGGUCAAAGUACGGCAAUGAUGUUGUAACGCUAUGUGCAACGCAAACAGCUACCUUACAACAUGCAGCAACAAGCUUAGUGGACAAUGGUAUACAUAUGGUCAGCGAGCAUCUUGACGAUUUAUGCAAGUUAGCAAACGAAUUAUUAAAAUAUUUGCUAGUAUUAGAAAGUUAUAUUUCCGAGAGGGAAAGAUAG